AUGUCUACUGGAGUCGGUGUAAGCGAAUGCUGCCUCUCGGGCAAGAUCCAACAGGGAACACCUGCUGGGAGCGAGAAACAAAUUGGCGGUCUGGAUACCUAUGUCGCAGAGCCUUCAAGCGGUUCAAAUGCCAAAGUCGUCGUAUUCAUAGUCGAUAUCUUCGGCUGGAAGCUUCCCAACGUGCGUCUGCUAGCAGACUCUUACGCCAAAGCCGGCUUCACGGCCUAUGUCCCUGAUGUGCACCAAGGCGACUCCCUCCCCAUCGACUUUCUCCAAACUGUGGAACCUCCUCUACCCGAGCGUGAAGCUCUCACCCUGGCCCAAAAGGCUGCUUCGACUGCGAAGGUUGGAGCCACACUCGGACCCUGGCUCGCAAAGCAUCGCGAAGGCGUGUCCAAGCCUCUUAUCGACGACUUUCUUGCGGCAGUUCACGCAAGCCCUGGAGCACCGAAGGUCGGUGUAAUUGGAUUCUGCUGGGGCGGCCGGUAUGCGAUCCUAGCUGCCCACUCAGAUGCAGUCGAUGCGGCUUACGCAUGCCAUCCCUCGCUGGUAGCUAUCCCUGGGGACUUUGAUCCGGUUGUGAAGCCGCUGAGCUUGGCGCUCGGUACGCAGGAUAGUCUGCUUAGCGGUAAGGAAGUGGAGCAGAUCAAAGAGCUGCUGGCGAAGAAGGAAGUGGAAAGUGAGGUCAGGACGUACGAAGAUCAGGUGCAUGGCUUUGCACUCAGGGGAGAUUGGAGCAGCGACAAGGACAAGAAGGCCAUGGAUGAUGCUGAAAAGCAAGGCAUCGAUUGGUUCAAGAAGUAUCUGGGUUAA